CAGAGAAAGUCCAUGGCACUCUGGAAUUCAACCUCAGGACAACAUUCUCCUGUGCCGCUGACACACUGUGCAACUACCUGCAUGUGAUUCUGAAGCUCCCUUAACCUGGAUUUUUUUAUAUAUUUGGAACAGUUGUCUCUUCAGGAGCAGCUUCAGUGCAGAUACUUCAAACAAAGCUAUGGAACUGCGAAGUCAGAAUUUAAAGACAACACCAUCACUAUCUUUAGGAAGAUUUCACAUUUCUGAAGACUAUGGCUUUCUUCUUCCUAAUCCUCUGAAAGAACUUCCAGAUCAUUAUUGGCCUUGGAUGGAAAUUGUCAACAAACUUCCUCACUUGAUUGAAAGUCACCAGCUUCGAGCUCAAGUGAACAAGAUGCCCCUCCUGAACUGCCAGUUCCUCAGGAGUUACCGGGAACAGCGCCUGGCCCACUUGGUCCUGAGCUUUAUUACCAUGGGCUAUAUCUGGCAGGAAGGAGAGACACAGCCCAAAGAGGUUCUACCAAGAAAUCUUGCCCUUCCCUUUGUUGAAGUCUCCCGGAAUUUGGGCCUCCCUCCUAUCCUGGUCCACUCGGACUUGGUGUUGACAAACUGGACUACAAAGAAUCCUGAAAGACCCCUGGACAUAAGGAACUUGGACACCAUUGUCUCACUGCCUGGGGGAGAAAGCCUACGUGGCUUUGUACUGGUGACUGUUUUGGUGGAAAAAGCAGCAGUACCUGGAAUGAAGGCACUUAUUCAGGCAGUGAAUGCCAUCUUGCAGCCCAGCCAGGACUCCCUGCUCCAAGCCUUGCAGCAACUGAGACUCUCCAUUCAGGACAUCACCAGAACCUUAGGACAAAUGCAUGAUUAUGUAGAUCCAGACAUAUUUUAUGCAGUCAUCCGGAUCUUUCUCUCAGGAUGGAAAGACAACCCAGCAAUGCCUGUGGGGCUGAUAUAUGAAGGAGUCUCCACAGAGCCCCUGAAAUACUCUGGAGGGAGUGCAGCUCAGAGCACAGUGCUUCAUGCCUUUGAUGAGUUCUUGGGCAUUCGUCAUAGCAAGGAAAGUGCUGACUUUCUGCUCAGAAUGAGAGACUACAUGCCUCCUUCUCAUAAGGCCUUCAUAGAAGAAAUCCAGUCAUCUCCUUCUCUGAGGGAUCACAUCCUGUCCUCUGGAAAUGGCCAACUUCUGAAAGCCUAUAACCAGUGUGUGGAGGCCCUGGCAGAGCUGCGCAGCUAUCAUAUAACCGUGGUGACCAAAUACCUCAUCACAGCCGCAGCCAAAGCGAAAAGCAGGAGGUCAAGCCAGCUCCCAGAGCCGCCUCAGGCCUUAGAAGAAAGGGGCACAGGUGGAACUGCAGUUCUGAGCUUCCUGAAGAGUGUCAGGAAUAAGACCUUAGAAGCAAUCCUCCCCCAGAGUAGUUAAGAGAAGGCCCUCUCCCCAGCCAUGCAAAUGAGCAAACGCAGGUCUCCCCUUAUCUUCUCCCCAUUGGAGGACAAGUAGGCUUGGAGACUGAGAGUCAGGGUUCUGUCUGGAAUAAUCUGAAAGGGACAUCAGCCCUAUUCAUGUUCCUGCUCUAGAGAACAUCAUCUUCUCCUUUGUUGAGAUCUGUCAGUCUUCACAGAGGAGAAUUUUCAUGGCCAGAAACUUUCCUUUUUCUACCUGAUCACUGGUUAAUAGCAAGCAACUUUUGACAUUCCCUCAUUGAGAACCCCACAGAGGAGAGAGGUUAUCCCUAUUCUGUUUGCAAAGCAAUAGAAACCAAUUUAAAUUUCAGAAACCAAGUAAAAUUGCCUGUGGACAGAACACCUUGUUGAUUUCUUGAAAAAACAAAUUAACUAUUCAUGCACUCAUUCAUUUAACAGCUUGUUAAAUUCCUACUGAACACUAGCUUAGGGAUUAGAACAGGGAUUUUUGUGGCCCCAGUGCAGCCCUCAUCUCCCUGCAUGUGCUAAAUUUGGUGAAUUUGGCUGAAUUUAGUGAAUGUGAUUGGAAAUGCUCCAGUGGCGAUGUGGAGGAAAGGAAAGGUUGGCAAUGAGACUUGGACAUCACCAGCAUGGAAAUGAAUAGUUAAUGCUAUGGGAAUGGAUGAGACUCUUCACAUAGUUCAUAAAUUUGCAAGUUCUAUUUUAGUUUCCUUCUUUAUUUUUAAGAGAAUGAUUCUUUCUCCUUACACUGAAAGUUUGUAUUUGUAAAAUGAAUUAAUUGCUCCUUUGGAAGUAAAUGAGGUAAGUGGAAAUAAAGUGUAAAUCCACAUGUUUAGUGUGCAA